AUGCUGGGCCACCUCACCCUUCUGGUGUUCCUGGCACUGCUGGCCCCGAUGCAGGGCGCUGCCGUCACCCUCACUGCAUCCCCACACCGAGCCCUGCAGGGACGCUGGACCCCCACUGCCCCACCUGCCCUCCCCAAAGUGGGUGAGUGCCCGGCGAGGGUGAGCAGGGCCCCUUGGCCCCCCAGGCUGUACUGCCUCUCCGACCACGGCUGCCCUGGUGCUGAGAAGUGCUGCCAGAUCGGGAAGGUCUGGACCUGCCUCCUGCCCACCACAGAGAGCCCGGGAUACUGCCCCCGUGCUGGCAGUGCCAUCGGGCCGAGCUGUGGGUCAAGAUGUCACAACGACACCACAUGCCACUUGGGGGAGAAGUGCUGCACCCGCGGCUGCUGCACCCGCUGCAUGCUUGCUGAGCCAGCCAAACCUGGGCUGUGCCCUCGGAAGCGUGCCCAGAGGAGAACUGCCGCCUGCCCCAACCACUGCACCGAUGACCGGGACUGCCCUGGGGAACACAAGUGCUGCUUCUCUGGCUGUGGGUUGGCCUGCACCCCUCCAGACACAGGGAGCCGCCGUGCUGCAGCGAAGCCUGGUGUGUGCCCCGUGGUGCUGCGGGGAUCCUUGGGGCCCUGCCUGGAGCUGUGUGACACCGACAGUGACUGCACUGGGGACAACAAGUGCUGCACCACCGGCUGUGGCCACAUCUGCAAACCACCCAUGAACGGUACAGUGUAGUCAUGGCCAGGAAGGGCUGCAGCAGGAGCUACGAUUUCAGGGUCAUCCCCCACUCCACUGCCAUUGCACCCAUGGGCUGAGCAGAGGUGCUGCUGUGCCCCACACCUCUCCCUGUGCUGGACCCUCUGCACUGGCAGGAUGGCACCAGCACUGGCUCCAAUGCUUCUGGUCAGGGUCCCUGGCACCCCCAGCUGUGACAUUAAAGGCUGCAUGCUGCCUGCACUAUCCCAUGGCCAGGAUUCCUAUCAACCCCACCUGAGGCAAAACCCUGCAUCCACAGCCGUGAGACAGAAUAAACCAUCCACAGCCACCUCUG